UCCAAGUCGCGUUGAUGUCCACUACGAACAGGCCCUAUAAGCAUUUGAUUUGACCGAUACACGCUGCUGGACCAGAUAGUAUUACAGGCGAUUGCAACAGAAUCGACGUUUGAACGAUGAUUAUACCUUUGCACUACUUCUUCAGCGGGAGUGAAGCUACAACGUCGCCAUCUUUCGAAAUACGAUUGACCUGUCCUGGUGGUGCAAUGUCUAUCAUCGUUUCGUAUGAAAAGCAAUGGUCAUUGGUGGGCCUACGGAAUAGUCGAAUGGUUGGUAAUCGUUAGUAAUAAUGGAGUAGAAAAUACAAGUACGUGGGCAAUGUGCAAGGCAGCUUUGUUUGUAAGUCUACAUUGAUCUCGGGCCUACAAACAAAUCGUUGAGGAUUGGAACAACACAUGUGCCAAAUUGAACGGAGACGACGUUUGGCUUACUAAGGCAUCUAACACUCGGGUUAGGGCGAAUUUCAAAUUAAUUUAUGGUCUAUAUCUCGCAACUCGGUGUUUGUUUAUUGGGGGGAAUAUUUUUAAAUGGCAAUUCAAGGAACAAAAACAUCGAUUGAUUGUCGGGCACUCAUCAAAGCAUGCAGAAAGGGAAAUGUAGAGGAGGUGGAAGAGUUGUUGGAGGCUGGUGUCGAUGUUGACAGUCUCGAUUCAAAAACCAAGGAGACGGCACUCAUAAUCGCAGUCAAGAACAGGAACACGGAAGUGGUGAAGACAUUACUGCAAGCAGACGCUGACGUUAACUUGGAUACCAAACGUGGAACGGCUCUUCUGACGGCCGUGACGCUAGGUUUCACAGAAAUGUGUAAACUCCUGUUGGAGGGCGGUGCUCUAUUGACAAAAAGAUGGUUCCUCCAUUACAGUUGCAAAUAUCGCUUCUUUCGUGUUGCUGAGCUUUUAUUGGACUUCGGCGCGGACGGUGACUUUUGCGUUGAGAAUACCACACCCCUGAUUUUAGCUGCAACAUAUGGUGAUUUUGAGACCGUGCGGCUACUCCUGGAGCGCUGCGACGUCAAUUUUGAACGGCAGGGUGAAAGGGCCUUGAUAGCAGCAUGCGCCGGAAGGUCUUUCAUUGAGACAAGCCAUAAAGCUAUUCUUAACAUUCUUCUAAGACAUAAUUUGGAUGUCAACUAUCUUAAUGAAAAGGGUAGAAGCGCCAUUUGUGAAGCGACGCAGAGGAGAGAGAGCAACGAUGUCGUGAAAUUGUUGUUGGAUCAUGGCGCGCUUCUUCAAAUUGAUUCCUUAGUUGACAUUUGCGACCCUGAACAUUUCGAAGAUGAUUUGUCCUCGGCGCUAGCUGGCGCUGUUAAACAUGGUCGUGACAGUACGGUCCGCUUACUUCUAGAUCUAGGAGCUGAUGUGAACGAGAUCUGGCGCAAGGACGUUAAUACAACCACCUCAAUAUUUGAGCCGGGCGAAACGGACAUCAGUAUGCUGAUGAUAGCUAGCCUGAAUUGUCACUUUAACGUGGUGAAGGAAUUACUGGAUCGCGGUGCCGAUGUCAAUCGUAGGAAUAGCGUUGGGAAUACGGCACUCCAUGUUGUCAUACACGCAGACUUCCGUCCCCUCGCAUCCAUAUUUCGUGUUCCCCGCUGCCGAUAUGCCGAUCAGUCGCCACUAAUACCAAGAUCGGGAAUAAUUGCGGAACUGCUCCGAAACGGAAGUAGCGUCGCGGCAAAGAACCAAGUCGGCCAGACGCCAUUAGACAUUUGCAUGCAACUUAUUAUAGAUCCUAAUUCUCUCAGGCCAGAAGUUAGAGAUGGCAAUCAGGUUGCUCUUGUGUAUUUGUUGAAAGCCCACUCCAAACCUGCGAAUAUACAACGGGUUCUAACGAAGUUGUGGGACACUGCGAAAACAACAAAGCGAUCGGAUUUUGAUAUUCUGGAGGAGACGAUCCGAGUUGUCGUCGCUGCGGGUGUAAAGCCACCGCUGAUGUCAAGAUAUGAAUAUCAAUCAGAGGAUAUUCGGCAGCCGGAAGCUUUUGCCCUGCAAGAAUGGCUGAAAGAUCGCAGUGAGAACCCUGUCCCAUUGAGAGACCAGUGCCGCACCAGAGUGCGGGCUUCUCUCAGGUUGCCUCUGCUCGAUGUUCAAACGGAGAGCUGGGGACUUCCUGUCCCACUGCGCAGGUUCCUAAUCAUGGAUGACCUUGAACUAUCUGUCAGAGGUCACCCAGAUCUUCAGCUGUUAAAGAUUAGUAGUUGACGGCUGUACGUAGCUUUUUUAGGUUCUGCGUGUAUUAUCAGCAAGGUGCAUGGUAGACAUU